AUUCUGGCACACUUGUGGGUGCAACUCUCGGUGCUGAACACUGUGAUCCUUCUAAUCGCCAGCUGAGAGCUGCAUUGCUAAGUUACAAUGAUGGUUAUCCAAGUUAUCAAGGAACUGAAAUCAUGCGUGAGGCAGCUUUCUUUCAGUAUGCUUCUGAAAUGGAUCUCUUUUGCCCAGACCAAAGGGAAGACAGAUUGGAACCAGAUUGGGAUCUGAUGAAAAUCUUGGAAAAAACAGAAGCCGAUAAUUUAGGGGUUGAGUUAGUUCCAGCAGCUUCUCCUCUUUCAUCUCAACAACACCAACAGCCAAUUUCUAUUUUAUCAGAAGAGACUCCGGAAUUUUUGGACCCUGACAGUGAUUACGAUGCAGGAUGGGCAUCACCUACCUUGCAGAUUCCUUCAAUUCCUCAGCCUCAGCAGACCCUUCCCAAAGAAAUGAUAAGCCAUCAAUAUGAUAUUAACACAACAAUUCUGAGUGACAAGUUUAUGAAGAAAAGGAUUGCUGAUUCCAGCAGCAUCCUGCGUCCAAGAAAGAAUUUCCGACGAGACCCUCUGGGCAGGUGGAGGCAGAACAAAAGAAUCAGAAAAGAUGUUGUAUUUUUUGAGCCUUUGUUAACUGGUACAUUGGCUCCCUUUCCUUUUCUUCUUGUUUUUUUUUGACCACCAUGGCUCCCUAUUCUUUUUAGAAUAAUUUGCAGGCCAUCUUUACAGUAAGAUCUCUACAGGAAAGUUUUUGUUUUUAUGUACAGGGUUGGGCAGUGACCUCUGUGAGGCAUACCGGAAAGACUUCAUUUGCGGAAAACCUUAUUUAUGUGCUCCGGUCAAUGUUGACAACAUGGAAAUUGACCAUGAAAUAUCAACGGAAAACAAUUCCCCGAAUAGGGUUUUGUAUUCUCCCAUCGAGUUCACUCCUUCUCCAACUGGAGGACAUGCCCUUGGGGGUGAUACCAGCUCAUUGAUUGAUCAAGUGGAGCCAACCAACUGGGACAGCACACGGGUCCUUGAAAAAUACGCUGCUACACCAGGGUCUAACGAAAUAACGGCGUCUUUGAAGGGCACACCCGGUGAAGGUCCAUAUAAUCCAGAAAUCAGGACUUCUUGUGAUGGCGAAUUAUCUUUUUUGGCAGAGGAUGAUAAUAAUUCACAAGGGCCACAGCAAACCACUCCUGGCUACUCCUCGUGGAAAUCAGAAGGUGGACAACUAUCUGCAAGGACGAGAUCUGUGGCUCGAUUCCUUAAGGACAGAUCGUCAGUCACUCCGGUCAUUGAAAGAGACCACCAAUCCAUAAAUGUUAGUCUGGAUACGAUCUUAGAAGGAAAAAGAAGGAAAGUUUGUGCUCGAAUUGUCUUUGAGACGCUUGUUUUAAAGACUUGUAGCCUUGUAGAUGUGAAGCAAGAAAAUCCAUACGGUGACGUCGUUUUGACGGUGACGCCAAAACUUUCCAAUGAACUAUUUUCCAUCUAAGUGCAUGUACUAUGUCCUCCAUCCCUGUGUAGCAUGUUGUGAGAAGGCGACUCUUCUCGUCUGGAUGCUCUUCUACUCCAUUAAUAUAUAGGUGGUUUUGGUGGUGAUACAUGAAUUCGUGUACUUGCUCAAAGAAUUUUUUGUUUCUUUCUUUCAUGCAUGGUUUUUUUUUUCACUUCUAUGUUACAUUAGAAAAAA